AUGGGUUUAUUAUCUUCAGUCAACGUUACCUACUUUAGAAUAGUCUUUCUCUUCGGGUUGGCUUAUUUGUCAGUGGCCAAUGUGGACGCCAUCUUAAGCAAUAACCUAUUAAUGGUUUUAACACAAGCUAUGGAUUUACCAGCAUUACAAAUAUCCCCAUAUAGCGCUCAACUAGGUUUGAUCUCACUUCUAUUUGCUUUAUCCGCUAUUCAUGAUUUGAUUCCAUUAUUGGAAAACAAUAAGAAGCAUUUUCAAUCUGUUGUCCCAUUCAGACUUAUGAUCUUUUUUAUUAUGUCUUCUUUAUCCAUACUUUUGACUAAUAAUCUAUACCUUCACAACAAUGUGAUGUUUGUAUAUGGAUUCUGCGAAAUAUGGAUGAACUUUUUAAUCUUUGUUGCAUUAAGAGAUGAAAGAAACAAUGAUUUUGCUAAGGAAAACAACUUUUACAGACCAAUUGAGUCGGAUGACGAAGAUCCUUUCCCAAGCACUGAAAGAGAAAUCCAGGAAAUGGAAGACUAA